GUGUGUGUGUGUGUGCGCGUGUGCGCGCGCGCUGAGAAAGGGGCUCUCCAUUAACAAAAAAGAAACCCAAUCGAGGGAGAGAAAUUUUAAGCUCCUUUCGCAAGUUGUCCCGUUUAUACAUCAGUCUGCAACGUUUUAAUAACUUCUCCUUAUUACAUAUUUUUAUUGACUUAUUUAUUAUCUGUUUUUAGUUUAUGGUUUGUUUGUUUUUACCACUCCGGGAGGGCAGAAAUGGCGGCCAACAUGUACCGGGUCGGAGGGAUGUGGGGAUCUACAUCGUAUCAUCAGUAAAUUUCCUCGUCCAAUCCAGAGAUUUUAUGAUAGAAUGCAUGUGGUGAUGUCUAGCACAACGUGUGUGAGAACAAACGACCCAACUUAUUUUAAAGCUCAUGACCAUCAGGACUCAUAACUAUUAUGUCUUUUUUGAGAAUUCUUCAAGCAACCCUUAUCUAAUCCGGCGAAUAGAGGAGCUGAACAAGACGGCGAGCGGCAAUGUGGAGGCGAAGGUGGUGUGUUUCUACAGGAGAAGAGACAUCUCACAGAGCCUCAUCCAGCUGGCAGACAAGCAUGCGAAAGACUUGGAGGAAGAGAAGGAGGCACCUACAGAGCCAGAGCUUAGUGAGAAGCAGAAACACCAGCUCCGACACAGAGAGCUUUUUCUGUCUCGCCAGUAUGAAUCCCUCCCCGCCACACACAUCAGGGGGAAGUGCAGUGUCGCCCUCCUGAAUGAGACCGAAUCAGUACUCUCCUAUUUGGACAAAGAGGAUGCCUUUUUUUACUCUUUGGUGUAUGAUCCAACACAGAAGACCCUGCUGGCAGACAAAGGGGAAAUUCGUGUGGGCCCCCGUUUCCAGGCUGAUGUCCCUGACAUGCUCCAGGAAGGAGAAGCGGAUGAUCGGGAUCAGUCCAAAAUGGAGGUGAAGAUGUGGGACCCAGAAUGUCCGCUGACCAAUAAGCAGAUAGACCAGUUCCUAGUGGUGGCUCGGGCUGUGGGUACCUUUGCCCGUGCUCUGGACUGUAGCAGCUCCGUCAGGCAGCCGAGUUUACACAUGAGUGCUGCAGCAGCAUCGAGGGACAUUACACUGUUCCAUGCCAUGGACACUCUGCACCGGCAUGGCUAUGAUCUUUCGAGUGCACUGAGUGUUCUGGUGCCACAGGGAGGCCCUGUGCUCUGCAGGGACGAGAUGGAAGAGUGGAGCUCUUCGGAGGCCAACCUGUUUGAGGAAGCAUUGGAGAAAUAUGGCAAGGAUUUUAACGACAUCCGGCAAGACUUUCUCCCAUGGAAGUCCCUGACUAGCAUUAUUGAGUAUUACUACAUGUGGAAGACUACAGACAGAUAUGUGCAGCAGAAGCGACUGAAGGCGGCUGAAGCGGAGAGCAAAUUGAAGCAAGUCUAUAUCCCUACAUAUAAUAAGCCAAAUCCUAAUCAGAUCUCUGUGAGCAAUGGCAAGUUGACCACCAUGAAUGGUGCAGCAGGACCGGGCGGGUACCAUGCAGCCAGUGGGGGCCGUGCGUGUGAAAGCUGUUUUGCCAUGCAGUCUCCUCAGUGGUACUCGUGGGGUCCUCCGAACAUGCAGUGUCGUCUCUGUGUCUCCUGCUGGAUGUACUGGAAAAAGUAUGGAGGCCUGAAGAUGCCAAGCAGAGCUGAGGGAACCGAGGAGAAAACGCCUCCAAGCCCUGCUUCAAUUGAGAUGCGAUCACGUGGUCAUAGCCUGCGUCAGAGCUCCCACAUGGUUCCCAUGAGAAACAGUGGAAGUCCCAAAUCCUCCAUGAAGACUAAACAGGCGUUUCUCCUACAGGCCACACGCCUCACCAAGCUGGCGCGUCACAUGUGCCGUGACCUCAUCAGGCUGCGCCGGGCUGCGCGCCGCCCCUUUGUGCCCAUUAACUGUGGCGCCAUAAAGGCGGAGUACAUGAUUCGAGUGGCAGAAGGCAUGACAGGGCGAUCCACCAAGCCCAAACCAUCCCAGAGAAGCACACUAACCAGCGUUCUGCAGUAUCUCGAGUCACGUCCAGCACCCCAUGUCCAGCGCUCUCAUCGUACACCUGGCUUGCAGGUCCAACCACCACGCCGGCUUCUUUCAUCCCUGCCAAGCCACGGUCCACUCGGCAUGCUGGGAAAACGCAGUUACCACCAUAGCAGCAGGAUGGACCCAGAGAGAAGAGCAAAUGCAGCAGGACAAGAAAAUCAGGGACACAUUGUGGGUCCUAUUCUGCAGCACAAUGGACGUAGCGGUGGCAGUCCCAGUUUACGAGCCAGCAACAUGAUGAUGCGUAAAAGGCGACCAAACUGGAUCGAUGCCCCAGAUGACAGCUUUUUCCUUGUUUCCCGAGAAACCAGUGCUGUAGCUGUUAGACAUCUGCUCAUGGAUAGUGUAUAUGUGUGUGUGGUGUGUGCAUGUGCAUAUGUUACAGUCCCUGUUUGCUCUGGAACAGAGUGGUCUUUCUCUCAAGGGAGAGAAUUAGCAUCCAGUUGGAAAGCCCGGAGGCUGCUCACUCGUUCCCAGUUAAGAAGAGCCUGUAGGCAGCCAUGCGAGCAGAUUAAUUUGCGCAGGGUCCCCCAGGGGCCAGCGCAGGGACCCAUCCUUGCACCCCCUCACCCUAGUCUACGGAUGCGAGGUCCCAUUGUGAUCCACGACUGACCCUCAUCUGUGCCAUUUCACCUGCCCGCCUCUUCUCUUGGAUUCUUACCCCUAAUUAUACAACACGGUGGUCGCACACCAUAGCUCUGUUCUUUCUGGAAAUACAGAAACAGUGCUUUCAGUGAAGCAUAGCUAACCAACAUCAUGCCCUAUAAACAAGCACUUAAAGGAAAUCUAGGGCUCCAUAUUUUUCAGUUAAGCUUCUCUAAACUCUGAACUGAUCGUCUUUGUUUAUCUAAUAUUUUGUGGAUGUAAGGAUUGAGUCAUCACGGUCAUGUAAGUCAGUGGUCAGAUGAAAUUAUAAUGUACAAAGCUUUUCUUUCUUAUGCUGAAAACAGACUCUUCUGUAAAGUAUUUGUGUGCUUUUUGUUUAUAAUUUCCUUUAGCACUGCACUGCAGUCCAUUUAUUCUCUUACCUUUUGUGAUUAUUAUGGCUAAAAGUUUGUGAGCUGCUUUAAACUACAUUUGAACAGGACCGAAGGUUUGACUUGUUGGAUGUUACUGGAAGGCAGAAUUAUGUUCAAUUAUCGUUCAAUUUUGAUCUAAGUACAUCAAGAUUUUGAAAGCCCUUUCAGAAACAUUGAAAGAAAAAAGGUGUUGAGAAAUUGAAAGGAAAAAAAAACCCAUUUGUCCACCAAUGAUUAUUUGGUUAUUUUACCUUCAUUUGUCCAUACGAAGUUUCAGAUCUAACUAAUAAAAAUGAAUGAAUGCAGAAUGGGAUUACCAUAAUGCAAAAUCAGGCUGUUUAUACUGCAUGUGACAGUCAAAAUAAUCAACAACAUACUUUUUUUUAAUGCUUCAUAUAUUGUGUUGUG